UCAUUACUGUGCGCUGUCACAUGAUCCUGGGGUAAAAAAAAAAACAGGAACAGAACUGCUUCCAGGGAAUGCAUGCUUCUAAUCAUGAAUGAGGAAUACUACCUGGAGCUUUGUGAAAACCCUGUGCAAUUCGAACAUGCUUCCAGUGUCAACAACGUGUUUUUCGACGAGGCCAAUAAACAGGUGUUUGCGGUCCGAUCUGGAGGAGCCACUGGUGUUGUGGUUAAAGGUCCAGAUGACAAAAGUUCAGUGGCAUUCAGAAUGGAUGACAAAGGUGAGGUGAAGUGCAUCAAGUUUUCUCUCGGAAAUAAGAUAUUGGCUGUUCAGAGGACUCCAAAGUCAGUGGACUUUAUCAACUUUAUUCCGGAUUUUCCACACAUCGAAUUCUCUCAUGAGUGCAAGACUAAAAAUGCUAGUGUGUUAGGCUUUUGUUGGACAAACUGGAAUGAGAUCGUAUUCAUCACAGACCAAGGAAUAGAGUUCUACCAGGUCCUGCCAGACAAACGCACCCUCAAGCUGCUGAAGAGUCAGAGCAUCAAUGUGAACUGGUACAUGUACUGCCCAGAGACCGCUGUGCUGCUGCUCUCCACCACAGUCCAGGGCAACGUGCUGCAGCCCUUCGCCUUCAAAAGCGGAACCAUGUCCAAGAUGUCCAAAUUUGAGAUCGAGUUGCCUGCGGUGCCCAAACCUGCCAAACUUAGCCUCUCCGAGAGAGAUAUCGCCGUUGCCACAAUAUAUGGCGAGCUAUAUGUGAUGUACCUGAAGCAUCACUCUAGAACCACUAACAGCCCUGGUGCGGAGGUAGUGCUCUAUCACCUGCCUAGAGAGGGAGCCUGUAAGAAGACUCAUGUUUUGAAGCUGAAUACUACAGGGAAAUUUGCACUGAAUGUGGUGGAUAACUUGGUAGUGGUGCACCAUCAGAGUUCGCAAACCUCCAUUAUAUUUGACAUCAAGCUACAAGAGCCAGACUGUCCUGUAAAUGUCCAUCAGCCAGUUCUCCCAGCUCUCUCCAUCCACCCCUAUAAGAUCCCUCGGACAGGCCCUGCAGCAGCCCCUAGCCAAGCCCCUGUGGCCUGUGAGCUUUACUCCUCCACCUGGAGUGUGUUUCAACCUGACAUCAUCAUCAGUGCCAGUGAAGGUUACCUCUGGUACCUGACGGUGAAGCUACAGCCGACGCUCAACCUCCUGCAGGACAAAGGCAAACUCAUGGACUUCCUGCUGCGCAGACGCGACUGCAAGAUGGUGAUCCUGUCCGUGUGCUCCCAGAUGCUGGUGAGUGAGGAGAAGGGGAGUCUCUCUGUGGUGGCUACAGUGUUUGACAAACUUAACCAGGUGUAUAAAGAAUACCUGGAGGCAGAACAGUCUUACACUGUGGCAAUGGAGUCAGGCCCCAGCCGCUCGAGCGCCUCUCAUAAGAAACCGUUGAGGACACAGGCUGUUGUGGACCAGUCAGACAUGUACACUCACGUCCUGUCUGCCUUCACGGAGCGCAAGGGUGUCUCCCAUAAGUUUGUCAUUGCUGUCCUGAUGGAAUAUAUCCGCUCUCUCAAUCAGUACCAAAUCACUGUGCAGCACUAUCUGUAUGAGCUGGUGAUUAAGACCCUGGUGCAUCACAACCUCUUCUACAUGCUGCACCAGUUCCUUCAGUACCACGUUCUCAGCGACUCCAAGCCUCUGGCUUGUCUGCUUCUCUCCCUGGAAAGCACCUAUCCGCCUGCCCACCAGCUCUCCCUCGACAUGCUCAAGAGGCUCUCCACCGCUAAUGACGAGAUUGUGGAGGUUCUCCUGUCCAAGCAGCAGGUUCUUGGUGCCCUGCGGUUUGUCCGCAGUGUCGGUGGCCACGACAACGUGUCGGCACGGAAGUUUCUGGAUGCAGCGCGGCAGACGAGCGACUCCAUGCUCUUCUACACCAUCUUCCGAUUCUUCGAGCAGCGAAACCAUCGUCUCCGCGGAAACCCAGGCUUCAACCCAGGGGAGCACUGUGAGGAGCACGUGGCCCACUUCAAACAGACAUUUGGAGAGCUGGCCUUGAUGAAGCCAGCUGCUGUCUAAGCGGCCAGGAGAUGGGAGAUGGGAGGUGCGCCCAACUGACUGGAAAAGACAUGUUUACCUCACACUAAUCAACAUUCCCCUUGGCCUUGGAUUGGUUACACUGGAAGGAGGACGUGCAGGUUAUUGUCAGUAUCAUGUUGGACAUGCUGGACUUUAACUGAUGCAGGCAUUUGAAUGGUUGUUGUUGUUUUUUUGCAUAAGGCCACUUGCAAAAUGUCAUCAUUCAAAGAAUGCCCAGCUAAACUAAGAGGCAUUGUAUAUGUUGUUAAAAAGAAUAAUGUAAGUUUUAUUAAAGUCUUAUAUUUAAUCAUG